UUGUGUCUUUUAAUCAAACACCUUUUUGUCCUUGUUGCUUUGUUUUGCCCAUUUCUUUCUCUCUUCUCCCCUUUAUAGCUUCCAUCACUUAUUAUUAAUGUCUUCUUCUUCAUCAGCCUCGUCUUCGUCUUCUUCUGAAGAUGGCAAUGGCAAUGGCAAUGGCAAUGGCCAUGGCGCUAGACGUGGUGGGGGUGAUUUCGAAGGUCCUUCCUUGACUCGUAGACGUGGCAAUAACGAAAUCUGGCCUGGGCCUUUUGUUGAAGAUCUUGUUGUCAAAGUUGCCAUUGAUGCUUCUCGUUCUAUUGGCCGCCUUGCCGCUGCUGGUGCUAUUGCCCAUGUGUUUCAGGUUUGUUCCACUUGGCAAGCUGUCUCUCGGUCUGAUCCACUCUGGCACCGUCUCACAAGCGUCAUAUGGGGUCGCACCCACCGCAUGCACACCACGUGGCAUGAGGAAUACGUAUACCGUCAUCAAACGUCUCAGAAUUUUCGCCUUGGGAGAUCGGUUCACGUGACACUCCACUUCGAUCCAACCGGCGUGGACAUCCCCGACGGGCUGACCUGCCGGUGCCUUACCCUUUCCGAUACCCACCUUGCUUGUGGCUUCGCUGAUGGCACCGUUCGCCUCUUCGACCUCGCCACCCGCCUACACGUUGCUACCUUCCACCCCCAGCACGGGGACCGUUUUGGCCGUUUCUCACGCGCCGUAUCCGGCAUUAUCAUCACGGACCCCAAGAUUAUUUUCGCCACGCUGGAUGGAGACAUCUACGUGGCAAUCAUAGAAGGCCAGCACCAAGCGCGCAGGGCUCACAUUGGAAACAUCGUGGACGACGGUUCAUUGGUGGAUUUCACCGGCUGUGGGCGCUGGUGGGUGGGCCUUUACGCCGGGGUACCCGGCCGUGCUAUCCACAUUUGGGAUGGCAACACUGAAGAGCUCGUUUAUGUAAACACAACUUUAACCGACCGAGAGUCCUUGAGGGGUUGGCAUAUGUUGACUGAGUUGACCGAAGCCAUAGGCCGUGUCAGGGUGACGAGUCAGGAAUCGGCGGUUGCUUGUACGAGUAGUAAGUACAUGGUUUUAGACUUGAGAAACCCAGCGUUUCCAUUGCAUGACAGGGAGAGUGCGAGAGGCUUUAUCGUGAAUUCCUUGGACACGAACAACGAGGCGUUCAUUAUUGUGGACAACCGUGGCAGGGCAAUCGUGCGACGGGCGGACACAUUAGAAGAGUUAUGCAGAUUCAACACACGGCUAGGGAACCUAAUGGGUUGCAUGAACUUGGGGUACGCACUUUUGUGCGCAGCGGGUGUAAUAAGGGUAUGGGGAAUAGAGCACGGGCAAUACUUGUAUAGCUUCGGUGAGAACAUAGGGGCCGUGAACGCGAUGGCGGGAGAUGACCGGCAUGUUGCAGCUGCCAGCAGUAAUUCGACCAUCCACCUAUGGGAUUUUGGUGCACAGUAGGCUGAAGAGUAAGGGUAGGAAUCGAUCCUUUUAGGGCAUAGGCCCCAUGCCAUGGUGGAAGGGAAGGGAGUCAGAAUACGAAAGUCAUUGAUUGAAAGAGAGGGAGAUGUUGACUGUUUUUGGGGACUUUUGUUUAGGUUUCGAAAGAGGAUAAAUAGUGGGGGAGGAUGGUGUCGUCAGUAUUCGAUUGAUGAUUUCCCAUUGGAAACUGGUUUAAUCGGCGUUUUUUUCAGUUAAAAUUAACCAAGGAAAAGACAAAACAAAAGUACAAAAUCCUUUAGUUCCUAUUAGCUCUGAACUAGACCACUUCUUUUAUCUUUUUGCAGUAGUGCUUUCUCUAGUACUUGUAGUCUUGAUUUUAAGGCGAAACUGCCAAACGCUAAGAAAACAAAAUUUUCUUUUUGGGGCUUAUAUUAUUAAUUUAAAU